AUUCUAACUUUUACGUUGUUUGGUUGCUGCGCGCAGAAUUAAGAUAAAUAGGCCUAUUAAAAUUUGAUUUUGAACUUAAAGCAGUUCACUGGAAACAGCAGCAAAUAAUACAUUUGAGAUAGAUUCCUAGACUCUCCAUAGAUUUAUAAAUCUAGAUUCUCUCUAAUCUAGACCUAGCUAGACUGUAGAUCCAAGUACCACUAGACUCUAGAUCUAGAACUUCUAGACUAGAAAGUAGAAGUAGAUCUAGAUCUAGAUCUAGAUCUAGAUCUCUAGAAUCUAACCCUCGCCUCGUAGCAAGUUCUUUAACUACACUAACACACUUGACUUAGUUAUAUUAUAUAGAUCUCUAGAGUUCUAGAUCGACUAGUUAGGACUUAGAGUUAGUCUUAGAUUUAGAGUAAGAGUAGAUUAUUCAAGUUUAUUGAUAAAGGAUAGACUCCUAUUAUUAUUCUUUUUAAAAAUGUCAAAUAACUUAAACUCACAUUCACAUACUAUAAAAAAAAAUAAAAGUGGCAUUCCUGUUGUUGCAAAGCAACACCAAGUUGAUGAAAGUAAAAGUAAGAAGUUUACAAGUGAAUCUAGAUCUAGAUCUAGUACUAGAUCUAGAUCUAGUAGUGUAGAGAUGGAGGCGGAGGUACAAUCCUCCACUGCUGAAGACUACGUCCAAAACAUUGCUAGAACAGCAGAAGUAGUGAUACCCCAGACUUCCCAAAAGUCAUCAGUAAAAAAUAAAUCAUCAAAAAUCAACAUGGUAACAGCAGGGCUGUCAACAAACAACAAAUCUUCAAGAAAAUUGAAAGAUAAUCAGAAUCAGCCACAGAGUAUAAUGACACAAAGCAAUGAAGUUUGGAGUGAUGAGAAAGGUGAAGGUCAGGGUCAUUUACUCAGUUUGAAAGCUCACAGUGAACAAGAGCGAAGGAGAGAGGACAUGGAGAGGCAGUUGAGAGAAGCUGAGGCUGAACUUGCUUCCAUGAGUCAGCUCUUAGAUCAGAGAGAGAAAAAAAUAAAAGAGGCUGAAGAUGCAGCAAUAAAACAACAUGACCAACUACAGCAAGCGCUGGUGGACCAAGAAAAGACAUUGAUAAAACAUGGUGUUGACCCAGUCACUGGUGAAAAGAUCCCAAAAAACUCAGAUGAGCAGGGAGAGGCAGCACACAAAUUUUCUAAGAAAAAAAUUCAAGAAAUGAAAGAAAAACUGAGGAAAAUGAAUGAACAAACAGAACUGUGUCUUGCUAACCUUGAGAAGAGUCUGUCAGACAUCAGCAGUCUGGAAUCAGCCAGCGUGAGGGCCAGAAGUCCAGAGACAGAGGCCAUGCUGCAGACGGCUGACUUGGAUGUGGAUCUCGUGUACCAGGCCAUCAGUGCCUCCAGCAAAACUUUGACAGCAGACGCAGAACUGAACAAGUUCACGCAAGAAAAGUUUGGCUCACAUUUUUUCUUAACAAAUGACAUGUCAGCAGAAGGGUGAUUAGAUGAACGUACUUUGGUCACUGUUUCUUUGAGUACUUGCUAUGAUAUCUGUAUCUUGCUGAAUGACUGGUUUAGCAAAUAAUAAAUUGGGUACUUGAUGAUUUAUAUGUAUGUCAGCUGAUAACACCAAAAAUAUUGAUACACAUGAAACUUCUUGUUUAUUUUAUUAUCUCCAAUAUACAAUCAAUCAAUAUUC